CAAAAUGAUGCACAAGAAUUGUUAGUCAUUGUGAAUUUUCUUGAUUUCGGGAUGUUAUUAGCCCUAUCGACUUUGACUCUAGUGUUUUCCAGAUUUUUCGGUAAAAUUUUAUGGGUUUGCUUUAAUUAUAGCUUAUUACUUCUAGAUUCCAGAGGAACUUAGUUCUUGACUAAGGGGAAUUUAUUUUAAAGUAGAGAAAAUUGUGAUGGAGUUCUAUGAUUGUCCGAAUAAAGCAAAUGCUAUUACAUUAUGGUCACAUAUGAUACAUGUGGUGCUUUUGUUCUUUUCACUCCAAAAAAUUCUUGUAUGUUCUAAUGUCCAGUGUUUACAUUCUCAGUUCAUCAAUUUCAAGUUGAAGAAGAAUGAGUGGGAAGCACAAUCAUUCCGGUUAUCCUGGUGGACAGUACCCUCCGCCUCCUGGGGCAUACCCUCCCCAAGGAUACCCUCCUCAGGCAUAUCCCCCUCAAGGUUACCCACAGGCUGGAUACCCUCCCCCUAGCGGUUACCCUCCAGCUGGAUAUCCUCCCUCAGGUGGUUACCCUUCAGCUGGAUAUCCUCCCCCAGGUGGAUACCCACCAUCACCAUAUCCUUCCCCAAGUGGAUAUCCACAAGUAGGUUAUCCUAGUCCAUCGGCUUCACAUAAUUCAGGGCAUGGAGGACCUGGUAUGGGAACACUGAUAGCUGGGGGGGCUGCUGCUGCGACUGCUGCUUAUGGAGCUCAUCAUCUGUUACAUGGCGCUCAUCAUCCGUCACAUGGCAACCAUCAUCUAUCACAUGGCCAUCAUCACCUGUCACAUGGCCAUCAUCACCAUGGGCACGGGAAAUUCAAACAUGGGAAAAUUGGCCAUCAUCACCAUGGCCAUCAUCACCACGGGGGGAAGUUCAAGAAAUGGAAGUGAUUCCGGCGUGCUGCUUUAUUGUCAUACCAGUUUUGGUGUGUCAUACCUUACUACCAGCAUUGUUUGCUGCUGCUAUUGUUUAGGCUUGUUGUGAUUUUUGCCCCUUUGUUUUUUGAACCUCAUGAAUUGUGGAUGCAAUUUGGAAGUUACAGCAUCGAGCUGCUUGGAUAUAUAAUUACAAAUUUCUUA